AGGCGGCGUUCCCGGCGGAUGCCAGCGCAGGCGCAGUGGCUCGAGAGGCCUGGCUCUGUGGCGCACCGUCAGUGAGGAGGGCUGCUCUGCGCCCGUCGCCGACCCGGGUUUCCCGGGGCCUCACCCGAAUGAUGCCCCGCUAUUGCGCAGCGAUUUGUUGUAAGAACCGCCGGGGACGAAACAAUAAAGACCGGAAGCUGAGUUUUUAUCCAUUUCCUCUACAUGACAAAGAAAGACUGGAAAAGUGGUUAAAGAAUAUGAAGCGAGAUUCAUGGGUUCCCAGUAAAUACCAGUUUCUAUGUAGUGACCAUUUUACUCCUGACUCUCUUGACAUCAGAUGGGGUAUUCGAUAUUUAAAACAAACUGCAGUUCCAACAAUAUUUUCUUUGCCUGAAGACAAUCAGGGAAAAGACCCUUCUAAAAAAAAAUCCCAGAAGAAAAACUUGGAAGAUGAGAAAGAAGUAUGCCCAAAAGCCAAGUCAGAAGAAUCAUUUGUAUUAAAUGAGACAAAGAAAAAUAUAGUUAACACAAAUGUGCCCCCUCAACAUCCAGAAUUACUUCAUUCAUCUUCCUUGGUAAAGCCACCAGCUCCCAAAACAGGAAGUAUACAAAAUAACAUGUUAACUCUUAAUCUAGUUAAACAACAUACUGGGAAACCAGAAUCUACCUUGGAAACAUCAGUUUACCAAGAUACAGGUAUAGGUGAUUUUCACACAUGUUUUGAGGAUCUGAAUUCUACAACCAUUACUUUGACAACUUCAAAUUCAGAAAGUAUUCAUCAAUCUUUGGAAACCCAAGACGUUCUUGAAGUAACUACCAAUCAUCUUGCUAAUCCAAACUUCACAAGUAAUUCCAUGGAAAUAAAGUCAGCACAGGAAAAUCCGUUCUUAUUCAGCACAAUUAAUCAAACAGUUGAAGAAUUAAAUACAAGUAAAGAAUCUGUUAUUGCCAUUUUUGUACCUGCAGAAAAUUCUAAACCUUCAAUUAAUUCUUUUAUAUCUACCCAAAAAGAAACUAUGGAAAUGGAAGACAUAGACAUCGAAGACGCCUUGUAUAAGGAUGUAGACUAUGGGACGGAAGUUUUACAAAUCGAACAUUCUUACUGCAGACAAGAUAUAAAUAAGGAACAUCUUUGGCAGAAAGUCUCUAAGCUACAUUCAAAGAUAACUCUUCUAGAGUUAAAAGAGCAACAAACUCUAGGUAGACUGAAGUCUUUGGAAGCUCUUGUAAGGCAGUUAAAGCAGGAAAACUGGCUAUCUGAAGAAAAUGUCAAGAUUAUAGAAAACCAUUUUACAACAUAUGAAGUCACUAUGAUAUAGAAUAACUAGGUUUUAAAACUAUGACUGUUAAAUAAGCUUUUUCCAGCCAAAGCAAACUACAUGUAAACUUUUUCCUGUAUAAAGUUCUCAUCUUAAUGAACCUAUGACAGUGUUGUAAAGUUAUGAACUGUAUCCUAUUCUUGUAAUGCUCAUUUAAGAAAAACAGAGUUGGGCUGGAAAGAAAAGCAGUUUUAUUACUUGAUACUUUUCCAAAUUAAAACUUAGCACAUAAAAGGAUUCAGUUAUAACAUGAGAAAACAAAGAAGUGGUCAAAGAGCACAGAUUAGAAGUCAGGUUCAGGAAUCAGUCCUGGGUCUACCACUGGCAUAUGACUUGGGCAAGUUACUUACGAUUGUGCCUCAGUCCCUAAUUUGUAAAAUAAGCACUUACAGAUUUCUGAUUGGUUCUUUAUAGAGCCUUCCCUUUUUAUUAAGAUACUUCUAUUAGAACACAUUUUCUAUAAGAUAAUGCAUACUUAAUACUAGAAGUUGGCUAGAAUUUGAUGAUAUUAACUAUGUAUUAUUUUCAAUAUUUAUUGAAUUCUGUAGUGUUUGACCUUUUGGCUGUAGUUAUAUAUUACAGUUAUAUAUCUGUAAUAGAAAGGAAGAUAAAACUUUUUUUUUUUUUAGAUGGAGAGAUGGAGUCUCACUCUGUAACCCAGGCUAGAGUGCCAUGGCCCGAUCUCAGCUCACUGCAGCCUCUGCCUCCCGGGUUGAAGUGAUUCUCCUGCCUCAGCCUCCCGAGUAGCUGGGAUUACAGGUGCACACAACCACAUCCGGCUUAUUUCUGUAUUUUUAGUCGAAACGGGGUUUCACCAUGUUGGCCUGGCUGGUCUUGAACUCCUGACCCCAGGUGAUCCACCUGCCUCAGCCUCCCAAAGUGCUGGGAUUAUAGGCAUGAGCUACUGCGCCUGGCCAAGAUAGAACUUUUAUAAUUUUAUGCCAGUUGAACUAAAGGAACCACCCAUUAGCCCAGUUCUUAGGAGAGGUACUUCAAACUUGAAAGAGUAUGUAUUUCAGUAACUUAUAUGUGGCUAACCAUCAAAUACAUAGUCAUCUAAGCUUCUAAAUGUUCUGUAUGUAUACAGUUAUAUUUAUAAACCAAAAAUUUUAAUGAGGUUAAUUUUAAAUAUAAGUAUAUUUUAGAAAUCACAGUUUGUAUCUGUUUCUUAGUAGGUGUGGCUUUUAAAAUAUGUGCUUGUUCAUUGUUAAAUUCCAGAAUAAUAAGGAAAGAGAAGUGAUGGUAAUGUAAAUAAAAAUGCUGUUUAUAUUCACAUGAUUUUAAGAAAACUGUAAAAGCAAAGACUGUAGUAAUGACACAAAUAUGACAAAUAGAUGUUUUCUUAAAAUUGGCAGUCAGUAUAAUUAUGUUUCUGCCUAUGAUAUUGAGGAAGUUCUAUCAGUCUGAUUCUUAAGUUUUCUCAUCUGUUAAGUAGAAGAUACUAUUACUUACCUUAAAGGGUGGCUUUAAGAAUUUUGUAAGGAACAAACAUGUUUUUGGUUCUGGAAUAUAGGAGGUGCUCAAUAAAAGUUGAUGCUGAAUGGCAAAUAAUAUUCUAAUUGUUUUGUAAAUGCAUGAUGAUUAUUUUUGGCCAUAUUUGACUUAGUUUAAUUAGGCUAAUAUUAAUUGGUACUGUAUGAAAGUGUGUCAGCUAAUUAUAAAAAAUUAGAAGUGUCUUAGGUGACGAUGGGGGAGAAAACUUAAAAUCUUCGUGUAAAUUAUGGGUAGAUAAUUGAUAGAGUUAAUACAGUGUUAUUAAGUAUUCCCAUGUUGUGUUUUGCGAAUACUUAAUUUAAAAUAAUACAGAUGAAAAUAAUCUUGAGUCAUAAUAAAGAAAUGAUAUAUUAACUUAAGUUUCAACAUGUACAUUGUAGUAAUUUUCUGUUUAAAGUUACAGGUUCCUCAGGAAAAAAACUUAAACUAGCUGUAUUUCUUUAAUAAAUUAUAAGUAAAGGUUGACUAUCUCUUCUCUGAAAAUCCAAAAUGCUCCAAAAUCUGAAACUUUUUGAGCACGAACAUAACAUGCAAAGGAAAUGCUCACUAGGGCAUUUCAGUCUUCAGAUUUUUGAAUUGGGGAUGCUCAGCUGUUAAGUGUACUGCAGAUAUUUCAAAAUCUGAAAAACAGUACCCUUUCUGUAUUCAUGUCCAUCCUUACUCUGAUUAUCUGGACCGUAGUAAUCAUUCUCCGGUAAAACUUUCAACAACAUUGCUCUUUUGCCUAUUGUUCUCACUUGCCUAAACUACAUUCCUGGUUGAGUUCAAAUAUCUCUUUGCCUUUUCUCUUCCUACAUCAGAAGAGCUGGUAGAAAUAGAAAAAAAAAUCACAUGAUUGGACAGACUUGAUUAUAGAUUCAUGACCACAAAUCAGAGGAGCCCAGCAGUGUUACUGUAUUUUUCUAGCAAGUUCAUAACCCCACUCUCAAAUUCCCUCUCUCACUCCUUCCUUCCUUUCCUGACUCUCCUUCCCACUUGCCCAAGAUGAGGAUUUCAUCACAUGCUUCAUUUAGAAAAUCAAAACAAUCAUUAGCUCAUCCUGUCUCUUACAAGGUCAUUAAUGGUCUUAAAACUAAAAACCAAAAAUUAUUUUUAUUCCUGUAUUUAUUCGUUGAGGCCUAAUGGAUACAGGGUACAGUAUUUAUUGCUGCCCACAUCAGAAUGAAAAAAAAAUUGUCAUUUCACAGUAAUUUGUUUCUGUGGAAACCCACAAUCAUCCAUGUAAAGGAAUGGGCUGAUGAAAUUCAAUACUUGUCACCUGAGGCAACAAAUUUGUUCCUAAAACAUACAUUCUAAAAUUGAAAGAUUUCCUAGGAUUUGGAGUAAGAAAGUCUUCAGAAAUUUGUGAACCUCCUAAAAACUACAGUGAAUAGUCCUCAAAAUCUGAAUGAAAGAAAGUAAGGGUAAAUGAGAUGGAUGAAAGGGAAGAAAUAUGGAUGAAAGGAUUGAUGGAUAGAUGGGUGUGUUUAGGCUCCACCUUCUUGUUUAACAACUGUUCUUUCCUAGGUAGUAGCUAGAGUUCAAGUCUGAACAAAAUCCAGUGAGGAUUCUACAAUCCCGUCAACCUAAAGGAGCAGAAUGGGAAAUCUUGUGAACUGAAUCUGGAUUCCUCACCCCAUCUCAGUAAAUAA